AUGGAGAUUUUGUGCAAUUACUCUCAAAAUCCAGUGGUUGGUUCUUCAAAAAGCAGUCACACGGAGCAUGAACCAGUCCCAGUAUCAGCCAAAGUGCAAGAUAUCACUGCUUCUCAGCGACGAAAUAUCAAUUGCACCAGUUCGAAUAUCUUCGGUGGUCUUCAAAAUGCCCAUCUUCCUGUAGUCCCUAAUCCGAAUGUCUUAUUUAAGAACGAACUGACAGAAAAUUACUCCGACAAUUUGGCGCCGCGUAUAUCACCAUACCUUCUUGGGAUGCUCCAGUGUAGACCAGUUUCCUUACCUCUUACUCGGAACGUUGUGAAAGAGGGAUGGCUUAUGAAACGCGGCGAACAUAUUAAAAAUUGGCGACGUCGAUAUUUCAAAUUACGGGAAGAUGGGACAUUUUAUGGAUAUAAAAUUCAGCCUAAAGAUGAUAUGGCGCAACCUUUAAAUAAUUUCACUGUUCGCGACUGUCAAAUUAUAUGUUUAAAUAAGCCAAAACCAUACACAUUUCUUAUUCGUGGUUUACAAUGGACCAAUGUAGUGGAACGUUUAUUCUUCGUCGAGACGGAAGCAGAAAGAAAUUAUUGGCUUAGUGCAAUUCAAAGCGUCGCAAAUAGACUCAAAUCGUCAUUUGAGCAGCCAGUAUCCGUACACAGUUUAGAUUUGGCUGAAAAUAUGAUCGUUGAUAUUCCUCAGAGGCCCGUGAAACGUUAUUCUGUAAAUGACUUCAGACUUUUAAAAGUUUUAGGGAAAGGUACUUUUGGAAAAGUGAUUUUGUGUCAAGAGAAUGAAACAGGUCAUUUCUACGCCAUGAAAAUACUAAAGAAGUCUGUACUUAUUGAAAAAGAAGAAGUUGUUCAUACAAUGACUGAAAAUCGUGUGCUACAACAAUGCAAACAUCCAUUUAUGACAGAGCUCCGUUAUUCAUUUACUACACCUAAUUAUUUAUGCUUUGUUAUGGAAUAUGUUAAUGGUGGUGAAUUAUUUUUUCAUCUACAACGUGAUCGUGUAUUCUCAGAAGAAAGAGCUAAAUUUUAUGGUGCAGAAAUUACUCUGGCUUUAGGUUAUUUACAUCACCAGAAUGUUGUUUAUAGGGAUCUUAAAUUGGAAAAUUUAUUGUUGGAUAAAGAUGGUCAUAUAAAAAUCGCUGAUUUUGGUUUGUGCAAAGAAGACAUGUACUAUGGUGCAUCAACUAAAACAUUUUGUGGUACACCAGAAUAUUUGGCACCUGAAGUUUUGUUGGAUAACGAUUAUGGGCGUUCAGUUGAUUGGUGGGGCCUUGGUGUAGUAAUGUAUGAAAUGAUGUGUGGACGUUUACCAUUCUAUUCAAGUGAUCAUGAAGUUUUAUUUGAACUAAUACUGCAAGAGAAUGUCUCCUUCCCAGCUCGUCUUUCACACCCAGCUCAAGAUAUCCUGUCUAGACUUUUAAUUAAAGAUCCAACAAGUCGAUUAGGUGGUGGAAUACAAGAUGUUUUGGAAGUUAUGGCACAUUUGUUUUUUGCGUCAGUUGAUUGGGAUCGUUUAAUAAGAAAAGAUAUUCAACCACCAUGGAAACCAGACGUGGUCGAUGAAAAAGACACAAAAUAUGUCCCAGAUGAAUUCAAGGAUACGUCAGUCGAUCUGACUCCUCCAAAUGAUGAUGAAGAUAAUAUGAAUCGAAUUGUCGAUGGACCAUAUUUUGAGCAAUUCAGUUUUCAUGGAAGUCGACAAAGUUUGAAUAGUAGAAUUACAAUAAUUGAGCAUAAUCUCCAAGAGUUAAUUCUUUUCACGGAAUUCUGUGUGUGUGUAUGGUACUUCAAAUUGGUUCCUGAUAAUACAACUGUGCAACUCAAAAAUGGGGUUCGUAUUGAAGUUUCCUCUUCAUCUUUGAAGGCUGCAGUGUCCACAAAACAUCUUGUCGCCUCACCAACUUUCUCUCAGUUCAAUUAUGCUAUCCGUAGACAGUUUUCUAAUAACCCAUCAGACGAUUCGGUAAACAAUAUUUCUGAUUUAGUAAAAGGAAGUCGUAUUGUGCUUUUUAUGAAAGGGAAUCCGAAUGAACCACGUUGUGGUUUCAGUAAUGCUGUUUGUCGUAUCCUAGAAAUGCAUGGAAUUCUAGAAAAAGCAAGUAAAGGAGAUGAUCCAGAUCUGUUCGCAUCGUAUGAUGUCUUAGAGAGUGAAGACCUGCGAGCUGCUGCUAAAGCGUUUGCUGACUGGCCCACUUUCCCUCAGUUAUAUUUUGACGGUGAAUUUAUUGGUGGUUGUGAUAUUCUUUUAGAUAUGCAUCGUUCUGGGAAACUAACGGAAGAACUAGAACGUCUCGGUAUUGGCUCUGCUUUAGCAAAAGUGUCAGACAAUGAGGAAACAUGA